AUGGAUACGAAUUGGAUUAAUUUACGAAAUGAUGAUCCGGCUUUUUAUAAAGGUUGCAUGAAUUUCAUUGAGCUAGCUAAAGAUACUCUUGUAGAAGAAAAAACUCGAUGUCCAUGUAGUAAGUGCAAGUUGCGUAAAUGGUAUACCGCGGAUGAUGUAGGGGGACAUAUUUUGUUUAAUGGUUUUCACAAGGAGUAUAGGAAUUGGAUCUUUCACCGUAAAAAUGAUGAAACAAGUAGUACCCAAGGACCUCUUAGUAGCCAAGAAACGAUAGUAGGUCGAGACGAUAUUCGGGCCUUGCUAAAUGAUGCAUUUAGUGUUAGCAUUCCACCAUCCACUUCUCAAACUCAAGAUCAAUCUUUUGAAGAACCACAUUUGGAGGAGGAAGUAUUAGGCGACAUGCAUGAGGAGGAUGAUUUCCCUUCUGAGGUAGAUACUGAAAUUCCAUCCUUCAAUACCAAAGAAGAAGAAAUCAAAUAUAAAAGACUAAUUGAAGCUUCUAAUGAGGUUCUUUAUGAGGGGUGUACUACAUUUUCAAAACUAUCAUUUCUUUUGCAUCUAUUUCAUCUUAAGUGUAUGUUCCAUUGGUCUGCCGAGUCAGUCACAAAAUUGCUUGAACUUUUGAUAGAUGCAUUUCCUCAAAUAAUGGAGUUUCCGUCAUCCUAUUAUGAGGGGAAGAAGGUAAUUAAGGAUUUGGGUCUAGGUUAUGAGAAAAUUGAUGCUUGUCCUAAUAAUUGCAUGUUGUAUUGGGGUGACUCAGCGGAAAAAGAUGAGUGUCAAAUCUGUCAUACGUCAAGGUGGAAGGCGGCUAAAGGUAAGGAGGGUGAUAUAAGUGAUAAAGGUAAAGAAGCCUGUAAAAAAGGUGAGCCAGCUAAGGUUACGCGAUAUUUUCCUCUUAUUCCUAGGUUAAAGAGAAUUUACAUGUCAUCAAAAAAAGCAAAAGACAUGAGAUGGCACAAAGAUGAUCGUGACAGUGAUGGUAUGUUAAGGCACCCAGCAGAUGCUUUGGCCUGGAAAAAAUUUGAUGAAAAAUAUCAUGAAUUCGCCGGAGAUCCUCGUAGUGUUAGAUUGGGUUUAGCAAGUGAUGGUUUUAACCCUUAUCGUUUAAUGAAUACCAAUCAUAGCACAUGGCCGGUGGUCUUGAUUCCUAUAAUCUACCCCAUGGCUUUGUAUGAAACCAUCAUCUUUUAUUUUAUCUUUAAUAAUUCCUGGGAAAUCUGGUCCGGGGAUAGAUAUUGA